AUGGCUGCCGUCAGAGACUCGGGCUUCUGGAGGCGUUUCUCCCUCGCUGUCCACAUGGACGAGGCCAAAGCUGCCGACAAGGAGACCUUUCUUUCUGACUACUGGAUCGAUCGGCAACAACAGAAAACCCGACGAAGUUAUUGCUGCGGCUGUGCAAUUGCGUUUCUCAUCUCAUUCUUCAUCGCCGCAGCUGUCAUCGUCAUCUGGUGGUUCGCCUCGCAUAACUGGCUGAAGCAAGGUACAAAGGGUUGA